AUGGCAACGAUGGAUACCAUGGUCCAAACAGACGAGUGCAACAUGAGCACAGACGCGUCUUCGACCAUGCAUCCUAGACCAUACUCUCUGCCAGGAGUAAGCCAACUGUCCCCCGAAGACGACUGGACGGGGAUAGAAGAUCCCAAAGAGAAGAAGAAACUGCAGAACAGGGUUGCACAGCGGGUAUAUCGUCACCGCAUGAAGGAAAGAAUCAAGAUGCUACAGGACAGACUCGAGUAUCAUGAGACCCAACGCAACCAGAACCCGAAUCCGAACCCAAUACCCAAUCCCUUGGCCAACAGCAGCAGUGUCACAACACCUGGCGUGGCCUUUACUUCCACAAACAUGAUAUCCACGGUUGAGGGCCACCAAUCACACUUGUGUCCAACGACAGAUAAGGCUGCACCAGCGCCUUACGACAUGCUGCAUCUUAACCAAGAUCCUCAUCUCACGCCCAUGGAUUGCAGCGAUGGAAGUUUCUUCAGGGGCGGCUUGAUGCCUCCGCAGCCCCUGACGGCCACGGCGACCGACAUUGACGGCGCGGAGUGGUCGGGAGACAUCUCGCAGGACUUUAUGCUUAAAUCUCAUAUCGUAACGCCCACCGAAUCUUUGGAUGGUGUUGCCACGACUGCUGCCCCUAGCCUUAUGACACCAGCUCCCUCGAACAACAUCGCUUUUUCACCACCGAACGAGGAAGACAUGUUUUUUGACUUCGACCCGAUUACAGAUAACUCAAAACCAUACAACCUCUUUUACAGCGACACUCGCCCUCAAUCGGGGCCUAUGACAAACAGGCGAAGCCAGCACGGUCUGCCGGAAACACCUUCAAGCAUCGCAUCUGCGGCAAACAAAACGACAGAAAACCAGUAUCCUACGAUAGACAGGAGCUCUCCGCCAAUGCCGAACAGGGAGGCACCACUGGAUGAGCGCUUAGGAAGUGUCAUGGAGCAAGCUAAGGCGGUGGGGUUCACGAGCUUCGAUGAAUUGGUGAUGGCAUACUACGGCGAGCAGCUUGGGGAAUCGUCCCCGUUGGCCAAUGAACAACGGCUCAGCCGCAAUCGGAGACUGCCACGGGUGGUAUCGGAAAUUUUCCACAGAGCAAGCGAAUGGAGCGUAUGGGAGAGGAGAGGAUUCUACGAGGAGAUGCUCAAGAUCGCCGAGACAAUGUUGACAUCAGAAGGGGUGGCUGUGCGCACGGCAUUAGCGACCGACAUACAGCCGCUGUUGGAGGGAGGGGACAGAGACAAGAUCUGCCUUAGAAUCAGGAGGAUGGUCCAGGAUCUGGUACCGAAUCUGUGGGCACUGAAUUCGGCCCUGGUAGCAAAUGACGGCGACUGGCGGCAGAGAGACCGGUCGAAUACAGCCCUGGGCAGCAUUUUGUUAAUGCACUGCGCCGGGCGGAUGCCCAAGGAGCAACUCCUGCGGCUCCUGGAUAUGUGUUUCAAGGGCAUGGGUAAGACCGCAUGGGAAGAACACCAGUAG